AUGGUGGUUGUAGGCAUAGCUGCUAAGAUUUACGAGGCAAUGGGAAUUCAAAGUUGGCUGCCCAACAUAAUAUCCAAUUCUGAAUCCAUGUCUAAAACCAUACAUGAUCACACGAUGGAUCGUGGUUAUAUCAGUACUAGCCCCGUUGAAUCUUCUAUCGUCGAUGAAAACUAUAUUUCUUGGUUGAAAGAACACCCAUCUGCUAUAAGCUCCUUCCAGCGGAUAAUAAAUACAUCAAAGGGAAAACAAAUAGUCGUCUUCUUGGAUUACGAUGGCACAUUAUCACCCAUCGUGUGUGAUCCCAAUCGUGCCUUCAUGUCUGAUCAGAUGCGUGCAGCAGUUCGUGAAGUUUCUAAGCACUUUCCAACAGCUAUUAUUAGCGGCAGGAGUCGUGAAAAGGUUUAUAACUUUGUGAAGCUAAAUGACGUGUACUAUUCAGGGAGUCAUGGGAUGGAUACCAUGGGACCAGCCCCCAAAAAUAAGUCCUAUGACCACCACGACAACGUCGACAGGUAUCAUUACAAAACUAUCGACGAAGAGGGGAAUGAAUUUAUCACGUUCCAACCGGCUAAAGACUUUCUCCCUGCAAUUGAAAAGAUGUUGAUUGAGUUGAGGGAGAGAACGAAAAACAUAAAAGGAGUGGUGAUUGAGGAUAAUAGGUUUUGCUUAUCUGUUCAUUAUCGUCAUGUUAAGGAUGAAGAGUAUGAGACUCUAGAAGAGCAAGUCGAGUCAGUGCUUGUUAAUUAUCCCGAUCAAUUCCACAUGACGCGAGGCAAAAAGGUGAUGGAAAUUCGGCCAUCCAUUGAAUGGAACAAAGGUCAUGCUCUUGAGUAUUUACUCCAUAACUUAGGCUUCGAUAAUUCUAGAAACCUCCUCCCUAUAUACAUCGGAGAUGAUAGAACCGAUGAGGAUGCUUUCAAGGUUCUAAGGGAAAGAGGUGAUGGAUUCCCGAUAGUAGUGGCAUCGAAACCAAGAGACACAAUGGCUUUUCAUUCACUUCAUGACCCAUCCGAAGUACUAUCUUUCUUGAUCCGGUUAGGUAGAUGGGGUUUUGACAACAAUGCGGACUUCGUCCUAACAUAACAUUAAUGGCUUAUGUUACCAUCGCACCGCAUGUUUAUUUUUUUGAUGAAGCAUCGCAUGUUACAAUCACUUUUUCUUAGAUAUAUACAUAUAUAGG